AUGACCGGUGCACCUUGCAAGUACCAGGAUGCAGUUUCAGUCAAAUUCCAUUUAUCAACAUUCAAUUUUAUUCCGUCUUUGACUUCAAAUGAUCGUAUAGUUUAUGCCUAUAUUGCACUUGGUUAUAUUGCAAAAGAUAGUUCUUUUUAUGCAUCAUUACAUGCAGAAUUCACUUCACAAAGUUUACAAACGGAAUCAGAAACAUCAAAUAGUAAUACAACUAUUGAAUAUGGCGUUCUAUCUCAUAAAGAAACAAGUGAAAAUAUCCAAAUUGUCGAUAUUUCUGCAUUCACAGAUUUCUUAGAAGAAGUCAGAAGAGACUAUCAAGAUGGUGGUGCACAACUGCGUACUGCAUUAGAUAAAUUUUCAGAGCGUUAUAAAGCAGCUAAGCUGAAAUCUAUCUCUCAGCUAACUUCUUUUCUUUACGAUCUAAACCGUGAUUUAGAUUUAAUGGUUAAUUUAAGAAGUGGUUCUAUGAUUCGUGUACAAGUUGAAUCUGUCAAACGACGCAAAACAGAAGGGUCAGGAUGUAAGUGGAAACUACCUAAUACUAUUAAAGAUAAGGAAAAUUUGGACCCACAAAAUAUUCCUAGUUGA